AGUUGACUUUGUAGAGUGUGACUCAAAAGUCGCAUGAAUAGAAGUAAUACACGGAAAAUCUACUUCCGAGAUGAUUCAGUGGAAGAAGAAAUUGAAAGGAAGCGGAAGCAUCAAGCUCCGGACUCCUUCCAAAAUGCCAUUGGACCAAUUAUCGUAGUGGCGCAGUGUCUGGGGAUAAUGCCAGUGAUUGGGAUUCUGACGAAUACCAGAAAUGCCGUAAAAUUCAAAUGGAUGGCUGUUAGAACGAUAUAUUCUCUUCUUGUCCUUACCGGUGGCAUUAGUGAAUUGUUGCUCACUAUCUAUAGAAUUCAUAACUUUGGACUUAACCUAAUUAAUGCUGAAUCAUUGACAUUCUUUUCUAUAACAACGACUGGACAAAUUUUCUUUGUAAAUUUGGCCAGAAGAUGGCCCAAAUUGAUUAGGUGCUGGGAUAGGGCUGAAUCGAUUUUUCUUACUCGACCCUAUAGAACCCACGGAUUGCGCCUUGAUUGUAAAAUGAAGAUCCUUUGCUUUAUUUGGGUUGCACUUGCUGCAUCGGAAUAUUCAGGAUAUGUGACUAUGACUCUAAUUGGCAUUAAUGGUGCAUUAAAUGAGUGUCCCGGUACUAACGUGACCAUUCAAGAGGUUUUCUUUGAAAGUCAACGUACUCACAUCUUUUACUGGAUUCGAUUUCACGACUGGAUGAUUCCCUUUCUACUUCUUAUUAAUAUGAGCCUCACAUUUUGCUGGACUUACCUUGAUCUCUUUAUUAUGCUUGUUGGGAUUUCAUUAGCGGCACGAUUUAACCAAGUUACUGACAGAAUUAAGCGAAUGGAAAACAUGAUAAUCCCAGAAUCGUUCUGGACCGAAAUUCGUAGCCACUAUUUACUUCUGAAUGAGUUAGUUUUGUAUGUGGAUGAUCGUCUUUCCUUAAUUCUUCUUCUCUCUUGCGCAAGUAAUUUAUAUUUUGUCUGUCUACAGUUAUUCAAUAGUUUCACGAGUAACUACUCUGAUGUCAUCUCAACAGUUUUUUUCUGGUACUCUCUGCUAUUCGUUAUGGGAAGAGCAGUUUGUGUUAUCCUUUGCGUAUCUUCAAUAAAUGAGGCUAGCAAGGGUUCUUUGAGGAUCCUAAGAACAAUCCCUACAAAACACUGGAGUAUCGAAUUAGCACGGUUUGCUUCCUCCAUUUCAAAAGACACUAUAGCACUUACCGGUAGAAAAUUCUUUUACAUUACUAAAAGAUUGAUUUUAGUGAUGGCUGGUACGGUUGUGACUUACGAACUUGUGGUAUUUGAUCAAGUCGAUAAAGACAAUGCAUCUGCUGGGGAGACUGGAACCCAUCCUUGCAACUGGACAUUCCGUCAAUAUCAUCUUUGAAAUUUUCGAUCUGUAAACAGGAAUUUAGUCUUCAAGAAAACAACAAUUUUACCAGUAUCAAUGACUUCUUUACUCUUAACUUUAACAUUUAAUUUUACUGGUUUUACCUUUAGUUUUAUUUUUGAUGCAUACUUUACUUAUAAUAGUUAUAGUUACAAUAAAGUAGAGAAUGUAUGUACUACCGAAUGGUACAUCUUGGUGAGCACUUAAGAUGAAAACUCGAAA